CUUGUAUUGAGUCGUUGUUGUUGUUUCACCGUGUAUUCGACAAAUUUUAUGUAUUUUUUCGUUCGCUCUCUCGUUUAACGAGCCAUUUUUGUAAUUGGCAUCUAAGUUUUUAGCGCCACAUUUUUAACGGAGUACAAUUCAACGUUGAUCAAAGUUAAAAAGCGAUAAAAUUUGUGUCAAACAAAGUAGAAAAGUGUAUUUUACCAAAAUGAGCGUUGAAACCGAAGUGAUGGAUAUCCAGAAAAAAUUGGAGAAAAUGAGUUCGCCAGAUGGAUCAGGGCAGGGACAAGCAUUGGAUUUAUUGAAAGUACUACAAAAAUUGGACAUCGAUUUAAAUAUUUUGACCACAACACGGAUUGGUAUGACAGUGAAUGAUUUACGAAAAUGCAGCAAGGACGAUGAGGUGAUUGCAUUGGCCAAAACAUUGAUAAAAAAUUGGAAAAAAUGUUUAACAUUAGCAUCGACCAAAGAAUCAUCAACGUCGUCAUCAAACAAUACACCAAAAUCAAGUUCAAAAUCAACAAACGGUUCGAGCAAAAAACCCGAAGCAAAAAAGGAUGAACGUGAAAAGGAUCGCGGUGGUAGUGGCACUGGCGGUGGAAGCACUUCAACGAUAAAACAAACAAGCUUCCCAGCAGCAUCAAGCACCAUGACAGAUGCGGUCCGGUUGAAAUGUCGAGAAAUGCUGGCCAAUGCAAUUAAAGUAGAUGGACCGACUCCGGAAGGAUGUCCGACUGCCGAAGAAUUGGCCGAAGAGCUUGAGGAUUGUAUCUACGCAGAGUUCAAUAACACAGAGUCGAGGUACAAAAAUCGAGUUCGGUCGCGCAUGGCAAAUUUAAAAGAUGUAAAAAAUCCAGCACUUCGAACCAAUUUCAUAAAUGGCGCGUUGACAGCACAAAAACUUGCCAAAAUGACACCGGAAGAAAUGGCAAGUGAUGAAAUGAGAAAGAUACGAGAAAAAUUCGUUAAGGAAGCCAUCAAUGAUGCCCAACUGGCCACGGUGCAGGGAACGAAAACAGAUCUACUCAAGUGUGGGAAAUGCAAGAAACGAAAUUGUACCUACAAUCAAAUUCAGACGAGAAGUGCUGAUGAACCGAUGACAACGUUCGUUAUGUGUAAUGAGUGCGGAAAUCGUUGGAAAUUCUGCUAGACAGAAGCAACGAUACGGAUUAUGAGAAAAACAAGGAGAGAGCAACUAGCGGCCACAAUACAUUCAUCAUAAUAGACAUAAAUAUUCCUUCUGUAGUACAUAUGGAAUUAACUUCAUCAUUCUUUAUUAUUUCAUUUAGCAUAUACUCUAAUUUUUUGAAUUGUCUUAAGUCACAAUAAUCGAUAUUCUAGAGCAUGUUCUAGAGGAAAUGAACAUUUCAAACAAUUUAAAAGAAGCAACACUUUCUUUAGUAAAAAUGAAAAUGCUAAAUCUAUGAGUUGAUGUUGUUUAACAAUAACGAAAUAUCGUACAAUUUUUUUUUAACCAAUCUGCAUUUAAAGAGGUUGACAUACAUUUUAAGUUAAUAUUUGUGUAUUAGAUUAUUCGAUUUAAGAAGAGAUAACAUUAACAAAAAAAUGCAGAUAUUAAUACAGAAAAUAUGAAAUAAAAUAUUUCCAUGGCAUUUAUUUAUAUGUUUCAAACAUAAAUUACUAUGUUUAUAUCAAAACAUUCGAAUAAAAUAAAAAUAAAAGCAUGACCAUUAAAAUUCGGCGUCAAAUUCAAUAAAAAGAAAUACAGAUUAUGUGCAGA